ACUAGAUAGCUAGCUCACCGUACUGCCGGCAGGCAUGGCGGCUGCGUGGCGGGGAGCAUGGAGGUCACCGGUCGUCACAUCCGCCAGCCGAGGCGGCGGCGGCGGCGAUCCUGUCCUGCCACCACCGCAACCUGCUCUGUUUGAUCACAGCUACGACGACAACUGCGGAGCCAGCAGCAUCGCUUCAGGUACCACCCUGUCCAUGUCCAACACUGCCACCACCUACGCCACCAGCGCCGCCGCGUCCAUUCCGUUCCCAUUCACGGCCGCCGGCGACGGCGUCACGGACGAAGAGAAGGCGACGAUGCGGGUGCACAUCAGGGACCUCAUCAUCCGUACGGCCACUACCGGCGACGGCGGCGGCAGCAGCAGCGCACUCGGCAGGUGGCUUUCGGAGCUGCAGGUCAGCUGGGUUCUCCGCCUCGCCCAGCUGGACGCCGCGUCCGCGGGGAGGACCUUCGUGUCGCGGCGACUCCAGCACACCGCACGCAGCUGGGUCCUAGCUCUGCACGCCAUCAGCAGGUGCGUCGCUAGCUUUACUGGAUGGUGUAGCCAGCAGGAGGUGGAAGAAGAAGAAGCUCGACAGACCUGGCCGCCUGCUUCAGAGUUCGUCGGAUUUGUCGCGGCAACCUUCUUGCUCAUGCUCCCUUUCGUCGACGCCGUCGUUGCGCUGGACGACGUCGUUAGGCCUGUCAGCAUUAGCAGCGACGACGACCAUGGCCAUGGCGGUGUCGUUUCUGGCAAUAAGGGUGCAGUGGCAUCGGCUCACAAGUUCAGGGCACUGGCAGAUGUCCGUGACGCCCUCUAUGGGGUCUCGGAACAGGUCCAGCUCUGGCACUCGUGCCUCGGCUUCAGUUCCUCCGCCUGUUCGUCACCAGCCGACGCAGAAGCUGCUGCGAGGAUAAGCGCGGAGAUGAUAAGGCUGCUGUUGGCGAAGCUGGACAAGGUGGACGAGGCCAUGAGGAACACGAGAGACUGCAUCAGGACUCACUUCAUGUCCUUGACAACGACGGACGACCAUGGCCAUGGCCAUCCAGUGUCAGGGCUCGAUCCAUCACCUGACAUUCAUGUUGCCACUCAGUUUGCAGUGAGCUACAUCAUUGUGCUGUCAACUAGCAGCAGCAGCAGCAGCAACACAUCUCCGUGUCUCGGUGAGGAGAACAAUACCAGUUCUUCUUCCACCAACCUGAACACCGUGAUCAUCCGUUCCCUUGGAGAAAGCCUCACCAGGGUGUCGCAGUCAUUCGCGGAUCAGAGCCUCAGGUUCCUAUUCCUGGCCAACAAUUUCUACUUCCUGUGGCACCAGCUGCUUUCUCAAAACCUGCUCUCGGGUGUCCCAACGGAUGCCCUGGCUCGCAAGAUUGACAGUUACAUAGAUAGUUAUCUGCAAGUAUCCUGGACGCCGGUGUUGAAGCCCUUGCAUAGUCAUUCACCUUGUUGCUUUUUCUUUACGAGAUACUCCUCAGCACAGCAGCGUAAGUUCUUGACGGAGUUUGACAAGACCUAUGUUGCGCAGAAACUCUGGAAGGUUCCAGACCCAGAGCUAAGGAGAGUGCUGCGGACAACCAUUGUUGACAGAGUCAUCUCGGUCUUCAUAAACUUCUUGGAGGAUGGUGGUGUCAGCGCUUCAAGAGUCGUCGUCAGUCCCGAGAGCUUGCAGGAGAUGUUGGAAGAGUUAUUUGAAGGAUAAAUAACCAUCUAUGUUCAUCAUUUCAUUCUGGUUUGAAAUGAGAAAUGAUCGAGCUGCCGACUAAAAGUCAAGUACUAAAUUCUCUUUUACCUAAGUGAUUUGCUUGAUCAUUUGCCAUAUCUUGUCGAGUUCCAGUCUUGAAUUAAUGUUUAUCAAAGUGUCUAGUUUGACCCUCCAAAAGAAUGCUGAAAAGAGGUACAAUACAGCGCAACGCUGUGGAAAAACUGAAGAGCAAAUAUCUCUUGUGAUGUUGGGUUGUUCUUUUCCGUCA